AUGACGGCCACUGUGCUGUACGGCCUUUUGGGGCUGCUCGCCAGCCAGGCGGUGGUGGCCCAGUCGGGUGUGAUCACGAACGACUCGUACUUCUAUGGAGAGUCACCACCCUUUUACCCGUCGCCCAAUGCUACAGGCACAGGAAACUGGGCGGCGGCGUACGAGAAGGCGAGGGCCUUGGUCGGGCAGAUGACACUUGAGGAGAAGGUCAACCUCACAGGUGGCAGCUCGGAGAGCGCCAACGGCUGCUCCGGCACCAUCACCUCCAUCCCACGGCUCAACUUCCCAGGCCUCUGUCUCUCAGACGCAGGCAACGGCCUCCGCUCAACAGACUACGUCACCUCGUGGGCGUCAGGAUGGUCCGUGGGCGCGUCCUUUAACCGGGACCUCGCGCACCAGCGCGCCGUGGGCAUGGCGGGCGAGUUCCGCAAGAAGGGCACCAACAUCGCGCUGGGCCCUGUGGUCGGGCCCCUGGGCCGAAUCGCAGAGAAUGGCCGCAACUGGGAAGGAUUUUCGAACGAUCCUUAUCUUUGUGGCGCGCUGGCGUAUGAGACGGUGCAGGGUAUGCAGAGCGUCGGGGUCAUUACGAGCUUGAAGCACUAUAUUGCUUAUGAGCAGGAGACGAACCGAGUCCCUGAGGGAGACGUGUCGAGUGUGAGCUCGAACCUGGACGAUAAGACUUUGCACGAGCUGUACCUCUGGCCCUUCCAAGACGCGGUCCAUGCAGGAUCAGGCAACAUCAUGUGCUCGUAUAACCGUAUCAACGGCUCCUGGGCCUGCCAGAACAGCUGGACUCUCAACAACAUCCUCAAGACGGAGCUCGGCUUCCAGGGUUUUGUGGUGUCGGACUGGACAGCGCAGCACUCGGGCGUGGCCAGCGCCAACGCGGGUCUCGACAUGACCAUGCCCGUUGGCUCCACGUAUUGGGGCGACAACCUGGUGGAGUCGGUCAACAAUGGUUCGGUCAGCGCCGCGAGGCUCGAUGAUAUGGUGACGAGGAUCGUGGCCGCGUGGUACCAGAUGGGACAGGACUCGGGCGACUAUCCCGCGCCCGGCGUCGGCAUUCCGCGCGACCUAACCGCACCGCACGAGAAGGUCAUCGGCUGGAAUGCGAGCUUCAAGAACGUGACCUACCAGGGCGCGCUCGAGGGCCACGUCCUGGUCAAGAACGUCAACAACACCCUGCCGCUCCAAUCGCCCCAGCUCAUCUCCCUGUACGGCUAUUCAGCCAAGACGCCCGACUCAUACUACCCUGGAAACGCGGGGUGGAACGGCGGCGCUUACCCGCUGGCCGCCAACGACACCUGGACCCCGGCCUAUAUCUCGUCGCCGUUCGAAGCGCUUAGCGUCCGCGCGCAAAAUGACCUGACGGGGCUGUAUUGGGAUUUCGAGAGUACCAACCCCGAGGUCGACGGCAGCUCUGAUGCCUGCAUCGUCGACGUCAACGCGUUCGCCUCGGAGGGCUGGGACAGGCCUAACCUGCAUGAUGACUACACCGACAGCAUCAUCCUCAACGUGGCCGCCAACUGUGCCAACACCAUCGUCAUCUUCCAGAACGCCGGCGCCAGGCUGGUGGACACCUUCAUUGACCACCCGAACGUGACGGCCCUGAUCUUUGCGCACGUGCCCGGCCAGGACAGCGGCAAGGCUCUCGUCUCGCUGCUGUACGGCGACGAGAACUUCAGCGGCAAGUUGCCGUACUCGCUGCCCAAGAACGAAAGCGACUACAGCGAUCUGGCGGGUCCCGCGCAGCCCGAGGGCGAGUUCGCGCUGUACCCCCAAGCGAACUUCACCGAGGGCGUGUACAUAGACUACCGGGCAUUUGAUGCUAAGAACAUCACGCCCAGGUACGAGUUUGGGUUCGGCCUGAGCUACACCACGUUCGCCUUCUCUGGGCUGAGCAUCGCCAAGGGGAACGCCUCCACGGCAUCGUAUCCGACGGGAGAAAUCCUGGAGGGCGGCCAGGUGGACCUGUGGGACGUCGUCGCCACCGUCAGCGCGACGGUGACCAACACUGGUUCGGUGGAUGGCGCCGAGGUCGCCCAACUGUAUGUGGGCAUUCCUGGCGGCCCAGUCAGACAGCUGCGCGGGUUCGAGAAGCCUGUCCUCGCCGCGGGAGCGAGUGCGAGUGUUUCUUUCCCGUUGACGAGGAAGGAUCUGAGCACAUGGGAUGUAGUGGCGCAGAAGUGGUUGUUGCAGGAGGGAGACUAUCCCUUGUAUGUGGGCAGCAGCAGUAGGGACCUGCCGCUGACGGGUACGCUCACGAUCUGAGGCCGGCGAUGAUGACCGACGGCAGCAUUGAUGCUCGAGCGUUUCAUUUAUAGUUAUAGCUAUGAGAUAUAAGCAACAUAAUCGAUCUAAUUGUGGCUC